AUGCUUACAAGAAACUCGAGACUCAAGGAGUCAUUACCUUGGGUUAGCUCGAAGCUCUUCUGCGCAAAACGUCGCUUCCUGGCACAAGUUGUCAAUGUGGAAAACGUACCUACUGAAGAUGACAAGCCCUUUGACGUUCCUAUACCAGAAGACAGCUUCGAGACGUAUCAUUUUGACCAUCCGCCAUACACAGUAGGAACCACAAAAAGGCAGCUCAAGAACAUGUACCAAGACAUGCUUACGAUAAGACGAUUGGAAUUAGCUGCUGACGCUCUUUACAAACAAAAGAAGAUUCGUGGAUUUUGUCAUUUGUCGACUGGCCAAGAGGCAGUCGCUGUUGGCAUUGAAUAUGGCAUCAGCAAAGAAGACAAAUUGAUCACUGCAUACCGCUCUCAUGGAUUCACAUUUAUGCGAGGGGGGAGUAUCAAGUCAAUUGUUGGCGAACUACUUGGACGGCAGGAUGGCAUAUCCCACGGCAAAGGAGGGUCUAUGCACAUGUUCUGUGAGGGCUUCUUUGGGGGUAAUGGCAUCGUGGGAGCUCAUGUACCAGUCGGGGCUGGAAUAGCAUUUGCUCAGCAGUACAAUAACAGGGAUAAUGUCACCGUUGAUGUGUAUGGCGACGGAGCAGCAAACCAAGGUCAAGUCCAUGAGGCUUUCAACAUGGCGAAAUUGUGGAACCUGCCUGUUUUGUUCGGGUGCGAGAAUAAUAAGUACGGCAUGGGAACCUCUGCUGAAAGAGCGUCUGCAAUGACUGAUUAUUAUAAACGUGGUUUAUACAUCCCUGGAUUAAGGGUGAACGGUAUGGACGUCCUGGCAGUAAUGGCAGCAGUAAAACACGGCAGAGAGUUCAUUCGAGCUGGAAAGGGGCCCUUGGUCUAUGAGUAUGUGACAUAUCGGUACGCCGGGCACUCAAUGAGUGAUCCUGGAGUCGCAUACCGGACUCGCGAAGAGUUAAAGGCGGAGCGUGCGAGUGACCCGGUUUCGAACUUUCGGGAACAGCUGAUAGAUUGGGGUAUCAUCACUGAGGACGAAGCAAAAACAAUUGAUAAGAAUGUAAGAGGAAAGGUAAAUCAUGAGGUGGCAGAAGCCGAGAAGAUGCCGGAACCUGAGCCUAGGCUGGAUGUUUUGUUUCAAGAUAUUUACGUCCGUGGGAGUGAGCCUGACCAGUACCGAGGACGUACCGUGGACGAGACGCACUAUUAG